AUGUCUGAUGCCCAUCUUUUCACCGCACCCGUCAACGGCCACAGCCUUGCAACAUCUCUUCCUGCCGCUCAGGCUGCUCCGAAUGUCGAGGCGAAUCACCAUGUCGCCACAUCUCCGCUCAAGCCCGAGUCGAAUGAUGCGCCCCUAGUGCCUCCCACCGCUGAACCCAUCUCGAAUGUCGGCGUCCAGCCGGACGCCCUUGUAUCCCAAGCACAGGCACAAUCUCAACACGCUGCCACCUCGUCGCAUUCACUUUCGCAGCGUACCGAGCCAGCCGCCGUCGAUUCCAAACCCUAUGACGGCCCCAUGGAAAUUUCCGCUGCUCAACUCAAGUUUGCGCAGAGCACGCUCAAGUCGCUCAAGACCCGACGUGAAGCCAUCGCCUUCCUUGCCCCUGUCGAUCCUGUCGCGCUUGGCAUCCCCCAGUACCCGCAGAUCAUCACCAAGCCCAUGGACUUUGGAACCAUCGACAUCAAGCUGGCGCUCACAGCACUUGUUCUCAAGCCCAACUCCAAGCCAGGAGACAAGGCCAAAUCAGCUCCUCAAUGGGGUCUCGAUCCUGCAAAAGACGUCUAUCGCCGCAUGCAUGACUUUGAGGCAGAUGUUCGCCAGGUUUUCUUCAACUGUGCUACCUUCAACGGACCGGAUAGCCCUUACACUCACAAUGCGCGCGUUCUCGAAGCAGCGUUCGACAAGUACAUGAAGGAUGUUCCUGCAGUCACAUCUCCCUCGGCUCAGGCAUCUGAUAUUGCCGCUGUACGCGCGCGUCGUCCUUCCAACCCCGUGCCCACCAUCCGACGUUCGUCCUCAGACGUGGGCGGCCGACCAAAGAGGGAGAUUCACCCUCCUCCUCCCAAGGACCUCCCAUGGGCCAACGAGCCUCAGAGCGCCUCUUCCUCCGAGAUCCGCAAGGCCGCAAGGCGCAAGGCAGCCAAGAAGGCCGGUGGGCUCUCGGCACGCGAACAAGCGCAUUACGCAAAAGUGGCUCAGGAUGAACUGCGUUUCUGCACCAGAGUCAUUGAUGAUUUGCUCAAACCCACCUUUUCCAACGUUGCUUGGGUGUUUUACGAUCAGCCCACUAUGGACUUUGACUGGGCACCCGCAUACUUCCAGAUGAUAAAGAAGCCAAUCGCUUUGCGCGACGUCCAGAAAAACAUUCGGUCGGGCGAGUACGCCGAUGCUCAGGAGUUUGACACCGACAUGCAGCUGCUCUUCCAGAACUGCUUCACCUUCAACCCGCCAGGCUCAGAUGUGUACACGAUGGGCGAGCAGCUCAAGUCGGUCUAUGAGGACAAGAUGUCGCGCAAGCCUGCGCCGGCACCCUUGCCAGAUUAUGAGGAGAGCGACGUGGAUGAGGACGACGAUGCCGAGGACGAAGAGGAUGACGUGGAUCCCGCAUUGCAGGCGGCGCUACAGGAGCAGAUCGCGCAGCUCUCGGCAACUCUGGCUAUGCUCGAGGGCGCCAAGAACCAGAACGCAGGGUUAAUUGCCAACACCAAGACCAUGCUGGCAUCGUUGCAGGAGAGCUACGCCAGCUCGGGAGGCUCGAAGAAGAGCAAGAACAAGGCGGCCGGCACCAAGAGGAAGGCAUCCGAAAGCAGUGGAGCGUCCAAGAAAAAGAGCAAGGCCAAGUCGACGGGGAGCCCUUCGGCGGCAGCUGCCGAGUAUGUUCCGGCCAAAAAGGCGAAGCCGGCGGCUGCCAAGAAAAAGCCCACGCCUAGCAGCAAGAAGGCCAACACGAGCCGCCGGGAUGGCAACAGCGACGAAGACAUCCGCACAGUGACGUACGAGCAGAAGGAGGAGCUGGCGGCCAAGAUCACGGAGCUGUCGGAAGAGCGUCUGGACGGUGCGAUCCGGAUCAUCAACGAAGACAAGCCAGCCAACCAGAAUGAUGAAGAGGAGAUUGAGCUCGACAUUGACGAGCUGUCGGCGAAGACUCUGUACAAGCUGUACAAGUACGUGGUGCGCCCCAAAAAGCCGGCGCCGGUGGCCAACAAGAAUUCCAAGUCGGCACCGCUGGACGGGCGAAAGCGUGGCACAGGAGGUAUCAAAAAGAAGAAUCUGGACGAAGGCGAGGAGGCCGAGAGGAUCGCACGGCUUCAGCAGCAGCUGGAGCAGUUUGGCAAUCCGGAUGCGGUUGGCUCGGGAGGAGCUGCGGGAGGACACGACGAUCUGGUGCACUCGGAGAGCUCAUCCGACGAGAGUGGCUCGGACUCGGACUCGGAUUGA